AUGUUUCGUAUAAAAUAUUUAUUGUAUUUUAUUUUUUUUCAUUUGGUUAUCGGUCAACCUCAAAUCAAUCUUCAUCAUACAGGUUGGGCAAAUGAAAAUGAAAAUAAUGAUUUAUUACAACAUGAUUGUUUACGUAUUGAUGUUUUAAAUGGAGACAAAUAUGUUUAUCGUGAAAUAUUAUUUUAUUGUAUGAAUGAAUUCUCAUCGAAAUUUAAUAUAGAAGAAAACGGUUAUUUUCCAAAAUUUACUUUUGAACAACUUUCAAAACAAAAUAUAGCAAGUCAGCAAUUAUAUCUUUGGUCAACACCAAUAGAUAUUAUUGAAGAUUAUCAAUGGUAUUUAAAUCAAUUAUUAAUAUCAAAUGAUUCACCAUUAUCAAAAAAGAUCUUUUAUAAUUGUACAUUACCAAGAUUUGGUUCAAUGUGUCAAUAUGAACUUGAUUAUUAUCAUUCAGAUUAUCCAUCUUUAUAUGAAAUGACUAAGAAUUUCUAUAAUAUUUAUCCAUACAAUCCAACGGAUCUUACUUGUUAUAUUCAUUUACAAUGUAAUCGUGGUCAUCCUUCAGCAUGUUUAGAUUGGACGGAAAUUUGUAAUGGACAAAUUGAUUGUCUUGAUGGUGGACUUGAUGAAGAAUAUUGUUGA